UUUUGGCCCCGGCGAGGGUGUCAGAUUGAAUGGCCUGUGCGCAUGUGCGAAGGUGUCCAAACUGACAAUGCUGGUGAGAUGAAGAUAGUGUUGUUGCUGCUUCUGGGCUCACGGAGGACGACGAGAGGAAUCUACAAGCCGACAAGAUGAGAUCCAAGGCGAGGGCGAGAAAACUGGCCAAAAAUGACAGUGAGCCAGUGGACAGCAUGUACGACACACAGGCCAACCUCCCGGGUUUAGCAGCCGGCAGCGGAGGCGGCGCCGACAGCCCAGAAGACGACGCUGAAGACGGCGUUAUCAACAUGUCCCCCUUGCCCUCACCGACCCCCUCCCAUCCAAACAACAACCACCACCACCUGCUGCACCCCCACAUCUACGCCUCCCACCACCACCACCACCUCCACAAUAAUAGCAGCAGCAGCAAUGACCAGGACUUCACCACACCCAAGGAGGGCUCGCCCUACGAGGCGCCUGUCUACAUUCCAGAUGACAUUCCCAUUCCCAGUGAACUGGAGUUGCGGGAGUCCUCGGUGCCCGGUGCCGGACUCGGCAUCUGGGCCAAGACCCGCAUCGGUGUCGGCGAGAGGUUCGGUCUGCCCAACUCAAAGCACCAUGGGGCCAUCGGCAAAGACAGCUCCUUCGGAUGGGAGAUGAUGAAUGACCAUGAAGAUGACUCCCCUGACAGCUGCAUAAAAAAGGUGGUGGACGAUAUGGGCAACGUGAAGUUUGCACUGGACACAGGCCUGGAUGCCACCAACAACAGCUGGCUCAAAUACGUCCGCUGUGCGCCGUCAUUUGAGGAGCAGAACCUCGCCGCCUGUCAUCUCACAGGAGACCAGAUUUAUUAUAAAGCUGUCCGGGACAUUGAAGCAGGGGAGGAGCUUUUAGUGUAUAUGAAGGACGGUAUUUUCCCCGAGGAAUCCAUGGCACCCAACCUACAAGAUGAGCAGAUGUACCGCUGUGAAGACUGUGACGAGCUGUUCUCCUCGACACUUGAGCUGCGACGGCAUCAGAAGUACUCGUGCUCCAGUGCUGGAUCCAUCUUUGACACAUUGAGGGAGGACUUCAAACAGGAGCGCGAGGACAGCGACGAACCCGUCCACGAGUGUAAAGACUGUGAGAAGAUCUUUCCAAAUGAGUACAGUCUGGGCCAACACAUGAUAGUCCAUACAGAGGAGAGGGAGUACAAGUGUGACCAGUGCCCCAAAGCCUUCAACUGGAAGUCCAACCUCAUCCGUCACCAGAUGUCACAUGACAGUGGCAAGCGCUUUGAGUGUGAAAACUGUGAUAAGGUACAGCAUACCCGGCACGUGUUCACAGAUCCCAGCAACCUUCAGCGCCACAUCCGCUCCCAGCAUGUGGGGGCUCGCGCUCACACGUGUCCUGAAUGUGGCAAGACCUUUGCCACCUCGUCAGGCCUCAAACAGCAUAAGCACAUCCACAGCAGUGUCAAACCCUUUAUCUGCCCUGAUGGGCUGCAUCUUUUUGCUCCCCCAGGCGAGGUGUGCCACAAAUCCUACACCCAGUUCUCCAACCUCUGCCGCCACAAGCGUAUGCAUGCUGACUGCCGCACCCAGAUCAAGUGUAAGGACUGUGGACAGUUGUUCAGCACUACCUCCUCCCUCAACAAGCACCGUCGCUUCUGUGAGGGCAAAAAUCAUUACGGCUCCCCAGUAGGGAUGUUCAAUCCUGGCAUCCCCAUGAGCUCCAGCCCCAUAAUGGCUAAGGCCAAGUCCCAUCAUCCCCACCUUCCUGGUCUGAACCAGUCGGGUUUAGGCUUCACUGACUACUUUCCCUCCAGACCUCACCCUCAUGCUGGCUUGCCCUUCUCUCCAGGACCCCAUGGUUUCCCGUCCCUCCCACAUGGUUUCCCAGGUAUCUUUCCACCAUCACUGUAUCCGCGACCGCCUUUAUUACCGGCCAGUCCGUUGAUAAAGAGCCCGCUGGGCGGCAGCAGUCAGGAGGUGAAGUUGCCUCGGAGUCCAACAGAUGCCCCUCCACUGUCUCUGGUUAGUUCCACAAAUAGCAAUGGAAUUAACAGUUUGAGUCAGCUGGAAGACAAGGAGAAAGAAAACAAACUGGGUUUGUCUUCUAGUGGAGAAGCCAAGCCAAAAUCUAAGAUGGCCGACAUGUCUGACGGUAGCGACCUUGAAGAUGUUAAUACCACAAGUGGAACGGAUUUGGACACCACCACUGGUACCGCUUCGGGUGAUGGUUCUGACCUGGAGAGUGAAGGAGAGAGUGAACGUGAGCGAAGUGGUAAAAGAAGGAAGCCAUCUGGCACUGUGUCAGGUCAAGAAGGCCACCAGUUAGAAGAUGCGAACAGUGCGUUGAUAUCAGCCAUGUCUAGUUCAGGGAACCUCUCUGUCGAUCGUCCAUUUUUUGCUUCUGCAUCAUCCCAACACUCCUUCUUCCCUCCGCCCGAUGAACAAGCUCUCCCACCCACCGCCACAAAUGCCAAUGCAGUCACCACUGAUUCCAUCAAAGCCAUCGCUUCUAUUGCUGAGAAAUACUUUGGUCCAGGUUUGAUUGGACUUCAUCAGGAGAAGAAGAUGGGUCCACUGCCCUACCAUUCCAUGUUUCCCUUCCAGUUCCUGCCCAACUUCCACAACUCCCUCUAUCCCUUCGGCGCUGAUCGAGGCGCUCUCAAUCCUAGCAUGUUCUUCAAGGCAGAGCCCAAGUCACCUCGAGAGCAGCUGCACAAGAUGGUUUCUAGUUCCCCAGCAGCUCCAACUCCCACAGCGGAGUCACCGUUUGAUCUCACCACGAAACCCAAGGAGCCUAAGUUAGCUCCUCCAACCCCAACAAACCCCUCAAACCCCAACAGUAGUACUGGGAGCAGUAGUGGCCCAUUAGCAAUAUCAAGCAGUGAAGAACAGCCAUUGGACCUCAGCAUUGGCGGCCGGAACCGAGGCGGUCACAAUGGUGUGCCGGCUGAGCCACAAAAUCGAAAGAACCACAUCUAUGGAGUGGGAAAGGGGGUCUCCAUCAAGGACGAAUCCCCGUCUGGUUUCCCACACCCCCAUUCCCAGUCGUUGCACCAAUCCUCCAUCACCCAGCACCAGCAGGCACAGCCAUACCAGCCGCCACCCCUGCACUACGCCAAGCCCUCGGCGUUCUUCAUGGACCCUAUAUACAGCAGGGUGGAAAAGAGGAAGCUACUCGACCCCGUAGGAGCUCUGAAGGAGAAGUUCCUCAGGCCCUCGCCACCCCUCUUCCAUCCACAGAUGUCAGCCAUGGAGAAUAUGACAGAGAAGCUAGAGAGCUUCGGCGCCCUGAAACUGGAUGCACCGCCCAAUUCGCUGCAACACUCGGCCCAUCCACUGUUCAACUUCCGCUCGCCACCGCCUUCCCUCUCAGAUGCCAUCCUGCGCAAGGGCAAGGAACGCUACGCCUGCAGGUACUGUGGGAAAAUCUUCCCGCGAUCAGCAAACCUCACCAGACACUUGCGGACACACACAGGCGAACAACCCUACAGGUGUAAGUACUGUGACCGCUCGUUCAGCAUCUCAUCCAAUCUCCAACGCCACGUCCGCAAUAUCCACAACAAGGAGAAACCCUUCAAGUGUCACCUGUGCAACCGCUGCUUCGGUCAGCAAACCAACCUCGACCGCCAUCUCAAGAAGCAUGAGCAUGAGAACAUUCCUGUGAGCCAACAGUCCGGGAUGCUUUCCAACUUAGGAACCACCAUCUCCUCGCCAAACUCAGAGCCAGACAAUCAUGCACUUUUAGACGAGAAGGAGGACUCAUACUUCUCAGAAAUCCGCAACUUCAUUUCCAACAGUGAGAUGAACCAGGCCUCCAGCUCCACGGAUAAGAGGUCAGACCAGCCUGAGGAGGAGCGCCCACCCAGCCACAGUUUGUCCAACUCCAAGCUCGGCCUCCAGGGAAUGGAGGAGGAAGAGGAGGAGGUGGAGGGCGACGAUGAGGAGGAGGAGGAAGGCAGCCUGACGGAGAAGUCUCACGAUGAAGCGCCCGAGUCCCCGUCUCCGGUCACGACGGGAGCAUAUGAGGAGGACGAGGAGGAGGAUGAGACGGCUCCGUUAGCGAUGAGCUACGAACACACUCGCAGGCUUAUGCAAUGAUGCUGUCUCUCUCGGAGAACAACCCUUUGCACGCGCCCUCCCAGAACUCUCUGGACGCUUGGCUGAGCAUGGGAGGCGGACCGUCUGAGACGAGCAGCUUUCACCCACUCAACCACAUCUAGGCGAGACAGAGAACAGGUGGGAGGAAGAGUAGGAGGAACAUUAGUUUUGAAAACGGAUAGAAACAAGACAACUGACUAGACAUGAGUAGUGGAAGGAUGUGGAGGCCGGAGGAGAAUUCAUUGUCACAUACAUUCAAGGUAGAAAGAGUGAGUUUGUGUGAAUAUGUGUGUGUUUAUUUGUUUGUUUGUGUGUGUGUGUUUCUGUAUGAGAGAGAGAGCGGAGGGGAAGGAUUGUCCCAAGGCAAGACUGUCAAAGAGAAAGCACUGCUAAGCUCCUGUUGAUGUGAAGGACACGAUGAAUGCUUCUCACUAGCAUUGAAACUCUGCAUUACUCUGAUCCUCCCCAAGUGCACAAGGCUGACUGCAGCCCCACAGAGACCCUGCAGGAGGCUCUCAUGAAGACACUUAACGACUGAUAUGUCUCUAAAGUCUGUGUACACCACCUACUACAAACGUUGCAGCCUCAGCACUGCAUUGGCACUGCAUGUCCACAAGGUGGCGCUGUUUCACCAGGAACACGGUGGGUGUGUGCACACAACUGUCUCCAGGUUUCCCGACCAGAUGUGGGUGACUCACUCGCUGACCUUGUUUCAGUUUUUACAGCAGAAUCAACAUUAGCACCACAUGUUACGUAUGGAACUGACAGAUCCUGUAGACUGUUGAUUUUUGAAUGAUUACACAGAGAAUGAUGUUCAAAUGUGCUUUUAAUGAGCUAUCUGGGCCACUAGCCAUUGUAAUUUGGUUACUCAGUUUGAUCAUGCUGAAAAUGAAUUGAAAUCACACUCAGAAAAAUGAGGAAAGUCUUUCUCUGCUUGCUUAUUUCAUCGUCAUUUGUUAAUUUUAUUUACUUUCUUUCCUCUUAGAUACCACAGUAUUGUUUCUUUGUAGGCACCACAGUGCUAAAUUGUUAAUAUAAUUAUUUUAGAGAAGGACCAAAAUUGUAUGAUAUUGUCAUAUGAUGUACAAAAUAACCUAGAUGUUCAUAGCAUGAGUGGUAUGUGCCAAAUAACCCAUAGAAAAUGUUUUGUUCUCUGACAAUCAUUUCAUUUCCAAGGGGCUUGCAUUUGCUGUCAUAGUUCGUUUUUUUUUUUUUCUUAUUACGCGCUUAUAUAUUUGAUUUCAGAAGUGUGUGUAUGUAUUUAUUUUUGGUUGUUUUGUCUUGACUGGAGGAGUGAAAAUGAAGAAAAAGUCAUUUUGUCCCUCUUUUCUCGUUGCUGAAGGAAUGAACACCUAUCAGAAGAUGAAGGAGAUUCUGAAUCUCUGGUUUUGAUGGGUUAGUGUGCCAAAAUGGAAAGAACCCAUGAAAUUCAUUGUUUUUAUUUAUAGUGAAAGAUAGCUGUAGUUAGUUUUAGAACUUAUUUGGCAUUGAAACGUCCUGCAGUGUUUAGUCUUUUUUUUUUUUUUUUUGUCUUGUUUCAGUUCAACCAUUUUACCCAGUAAGCUGAAUGUGUCUUGUUCCAAUUGAUUCAAGUAUUAUUAGGGGGGCAGAUUUGGACACCUUUCACUAUGAAUGUCACAAAAAAGGGCAUUACGUCGUCACACAGUUGAAUCUGACUACUUUAUACAACAUCAUGCUCCAUUUUCCCCUCUUGUUUAACAUUCGAUAUGUGUAGUGUAACCAAUGAAAAUUCUUUUUGCAAUGAGUUGUCCAAUAUUACACAGUCCAAAAGUGGAAAACACACACACACAAACACACAUGCAUGAACAUGACAGAAACGCUGGUUAUGCAAGAAGAAAGGCAAGGACUGAAACCAAAACCAAAAGAAGAGAGUAAACUAAUCCACAGAUAGUAUUAAAAUGGACAUCAUAAUUCUGCUGGUCGGUCUAUCACAUGUCAUAAAAACUGUCUUGUUGAUUCUGGACAGGGAGAACAAACACUUGAUGAUUAUUUCAGUUUAAAUCCCUGUUGUUCCUCUGAGAUCGUACUGAAGACUCGUUCCAUGUGGUCUAGCAGGUAGCUGUGCCAUGGAGAGUCAUUUACUGUAGAUAGCUGCAGGAGGCGAGCAUUGUUGAUCACUGUUCCUCCCUGCAAACUGGGACUUUCAGAACUAGGCCUGAUGCUGUAUUUUCAAACUAGCACUUAAACCAUAUUGGGUCCAAGCCAUAAAUUGAUCAGGCUUAGGUCUCCAGAACGCAGAUGCAUUUUCCAACUGGUUUCAACAGACGGGCGGGCUGUGCUCAACAUGGAGAGAUAAGAACAUAAGCACUGUAAUUUUUCUUCAUGACAGCAGGUGGUAGUGUGAUGCUCGGACUGCUGCAUCAUCUCAUUUUUUCUAAAGACAGAAGUCUUUUUUAUAAUUCUACUGAAAGAGAUUCCAUUCACGGUAAACACGUUGUUUUACAACUUGUGGUUACAAAAUGUAAAGACUCGGGUCACUAAGUUUUUAGGUUGACUUUAUGUAGUAAUUCAUGUCAUGGACUACUGUAAUAAGUACGCGCUGUGUAAAGCAAAGGAAUUGAAGGCAUUGAAGUUUUUUUCCAUUUUGCCAACUUUAGCCUGGCAGAUGGUCACUGAAAAAUGUUUCAGCAUAAUAGAACAUGGUUGCUGUUUGCCCCCACUGUUACAGGAGAAAGUAAAAAUAUACAUUGUUUCUUUUUAACUGUAUAGUAUUUUAAAGAAUGAAAAACAAUGGUGCAUUUGUCUGAAGAAAAAAAAUCAUUGAAAAAUAUGGGUUUAAAUGGAUGGUGCUUGUUUUGUUUAAAUCUGAGUUGUAUAUCGCCUCUGUUAUGUUUAUUGAAAACAAACAAAAAAAAAGUUAUUGUGCAUGACGUGUUUAGCAGUCAUAAUGAUGUCCAUUUGUGAAAUGUGUAUCAAAUCAAAAAAUGAGGAAAAAAAAGAAAAGUAAAAAAAAUAAAUUCGUAGAUGCACUUAUUGUACAUGUGGCUAGGUUUAGUAGGUUUGACUUCAAGUUCUGACUGCCUUACGGUGUUUGGGCAGGUGGUUCUGAAAGACAUAGAGAAGACUUUUGGGAGAAGACAUAAUGAAAAACAAUAAAGGAUUGUAGAAUAAUAUUGAACAAUUCUGAAAUUGCAGUUCUUUUGAUGCUUGUGAUUAUUGCAGAUGUACUUUAGAGAAAUUUCAUUGAAAAGAUAUGACUCUGUUGUUAAUUCUGUAGAAUAGCAAUGUAUACCAAAUGUAAUCUUUCCAAUGCUAUGAAGAAUUUAUACAUGAAAUUGAUAUGCAAUAAAACCUGUGUGCUUUUUAAA